ACUAAGAGUAAAACUACUUCAUUCUUCAAGCUAGGCGCUAAUGGUUGGCUGGCUCUUCGUGUUCCAUGGCCGAAGCCGUCAAGCAAGAGAUCGAAGAAAUCAAAACCCUAAUAUCUGCAGACAAGUCUCUCGCCUACUCAUCCUUUCUGCAGCUUCAGCGGAACUCUGCCGAGGAUACCUUGUCCAUGGAAACCCUCACACUCUGUUCCCCUCCUCUCUUGCCCGCCAUUCUCUCUGACAUUUUCCACCAAGAAGAGGAGAUUGCUGCUCAAGCUCUGAAAUGCUUAGGUUUCAUGAUGUACCACCCAUCACUAGUGUCCUCCAUUCCAGAAGAUGCAUCUCGAUCUGCUCUGGAUUCCCUUGCGAGGCUAAUUGUGACCACGAAAAUGAAGGCUAUCUGUAAUUUGGGGGUUUGGUGCUUUUCGAUUCAGCAAUUAGAUGGCUUCAUUAUUGAAUGCUGCAUUGAUACCAUUCUGGGAGCUGUUUACUAUGCCAUCGACAACCCGUUUAACUCCCUGUCUACGACGUUUGAGGCGAUUCAGGCUGUGAUGAAAUUAGCUACUCAGCUCCCUAAUAAAUUACGAGUGGCUGCAAACCAAUGGCUUCCGCCUAUAUAUAGAAGGCUUAUCAGCUAUGAUAAGAAGGAAAGGGAUAUAACACAAAGAUGCCUUAUGAAGAUAAAAUCAAUCAUAUUGCCUUCUCCGCCAGCUCUUUCGAAGGCAUUAGUCCACGAUUUGAAGAGCAAUUUAGUAGCAAGGAUUAUGGACAUGCAACACGAUUGUAGUAUGGAGGUGUGCAUCAUCCAAGCUUGGGGAUGGUACGUGUGCUUACUUGGUCCAAGUUUGCUAAAUAAUAGACAACUCGUCAAUCAGAUGCUGAAAAUUCCUGAACAUACUUUUACUAGUGCGGAUCCACAAGUUCAGAUUGCAUCGCUGGUUGCUUGGGAGCAUCUGAUCGAUGCAUUCCCGCCCUCUGAAAUAAAUAUAGUUCAAGAAGCUGUUUAUCAAGAAAAGAUUCCUGACUGCAGUAGAAUUUCAGAAAGAAGUAAUGGUGAGCUUGAUAAAGACUUGCUUAGAAGAAUAGCUGUCUUAAUGGUGCCCCUGCAAGGCAUUAUAUCAAAGAAAUGUGAUAUUAUAGUACAAAUGUCGUGUCUCAACACAUGGCACUAUCUCCUGCAUAAGCUUGACCUUUUAGUUAACCAUCCUUCAAUUUUACAGACUACUUUCAGACCUAUGACUAAAAUGGUAUUUUCCAAGAAAAUUUCUAAUGAAAAUAUUUGUUUGUGGAAACCAUGCCUGGAAUUGUUUGAUCAAUAUAUCUCUGGGAUAGCCACGUCCAAGGGGAUGAAUUUGGUUCCUACAAGGUGCCCAUGCGAUGUUACAAAUGAAAAUGACAUUCUCCUAUCUUAUUUCAGUGGUAGAUUCCCUUGGAUCAAUUCCAUUAAAUGGAUACCCUGGAAGAUUAGCGAUUUAGAUUUUUCUCUAAUGAUAAUUAGAACAAUUGUCAGUCACUGUCUGACAACACAAAAAGACCCUGAAAUCAGAACCUUCGCUCUCAGCUCUUCCCUGAAGAUUUUCAAAUCUGUUAUACAUGGGGUCAAAUCUGAAACAAAAGGGCCAAGUGUUCAUUGUCAUAUCAUCCAGCUGUGCUUGAACACCAUUUUAAAGUUCAUUAAAGAGUUUGGUGAAGACAUAUCUUCAAUAAAUGAUUGGAAUCAUUAUAAUGAUUUGUUGUGGAUGCUUUUUCAGUCUGUAGAAAUUGUUAGAGAAGAAUUGGGUUUUUUGCUAGCUUCUCCUCAUUGUCUGAUUACCUUGGACUUCUUGUACAUUAAAGACGGGAAAUCAUCAGAAGUUACUUGCUGUCCAUUUUUUCAGGCCAUGGGUAAAGGUUCAGUGAGUUAUAUGGACAUGGUUUCUCCAAUGAUCUACACUACAUAUUUGCUUUUAUGUAUGCUGGCUCACUUUGUCUUACAUUUCUCAGAAAAGGAUGGUAUUCCUCUGGCAAUUCCGCAUAAGUUUAUUUUUUCUUUGAACCCUUCAGUCAAUUUACAUACGAUAGUUUGUUUCCUUUAUGUACACCUGAGCAAACCGUUCAAUGCGAAGUUGAGCUCUUUGGUGAUGUGGAGAAUCAUUGCAAAGGACCUAAUGAAGAACAUGGACAAGGUUUUUGUUAUGCCAGUCUCGAAAGCAGAGGGGCCUAAUCCGACGCAUGCUGUUCUUUAUUGUUUCAUUUGCUACCCAUUCGUUCUUUGUUGUCCUAAAAGUAUGGAUGAUGAUCGCUCAAGAUUAAGCUUGAUUUUUUCACAGAGAGAUCUUCUGUUGGAAACACUAGUAGAAGUUUGUAACACCCUUUUUGGUUCUUUGAACAACCAAUCAAAUGAAUGCAUUCAGUCAUCUAAGAAUGAUUUCUCUAAUGGUUUAAGUGAAUUAUUAAUAAAGGUGCUUGAUGAAAAAAAAAUACUUGCCGAGAAUUCUGAGAACAUUGAUUCAUUCUUACUUUUUUCUGAAAUGCUAAUUUGCAUUUUGGUUCAUAUUAAGCCAUUGGAUAUGGAAAGCUUACAAUUGGAAUUAGGUGUGCCAGAAAUUCACUUCAGCACAAUUAAGAACACUUUGGUUCUCUUUGGAAGAUUCUUGGGAAUAUCACUAACUAUUUUGAAGAUAAACCAGCAAUGUGGACUUGAGAUGAUUUGCAGGGUUUUUACUGCUCAUAUUAGGUUAGCUAGCAAUCUUUGCUUGAAGCAAGAUGUUUUUAUGCUCUUAGAGGUAAUUUCCAACCCUUUGGUUCAGUGGUUCUCAUUUUGUGAACCCCUUUCUAAAGGCAUACGAGGAAGACUUAAUCAUCUACUGUACUGUCUCUGGACAAACACUCUAAGCUGUUUGCAAGGGUGCCAUCCAGCCAUCAGUUUUGAUUCCACCCUUCUCAGAGUUCUGGCACCUUCCCUCCGAGCAGCCGUUGAUCACCCUUACCUUCCUAUUGGAAACACAACAAUAGAAUUUUGGAAAGCUACAUAUGGAAAGAAAGGUCAUUUGGAUUGCCCAGAGUGUUUGCUUCCAAUUCUGUCUAAGCUGUCCAGGAAUAAGCCUCAAAAGAAAAAGAUUAGGACUUAUGGGAGUUUAUAAAAAGAAACGGAGAAGAUCUUGAAUAUAAUGUGGUUCAAGUACUUUUGCUAGUUGCUGGCUGGCUACCUAUUGCAAAGCUUUCUGGAACGAAGAAAUAUUACACGUGUCCACGACUGAGAUGUGCGGAGAAGAAAAAAAGGGGGCCAUGCAUUUACGUCGUUCUCUUUAUAAAUGAAGAACAUAGGUAAUAUUUCUUCAUCUGGAAUACAUGCCAGUAUAGAUUAUUGGUUGAUGGCAAUCCUUUUUUU